CGACGCAGGUCCGAGUCGCGGUGGAGGAAUGAGACUCGAUCGAGCGCCGCGGCGGCAAUCCGAGGCAGGCGAUAGGCGGCGGCCAUCUUGGCUGCGCAGAGCGGUAGCGUAUCGGUCGUCACGGAGUCGGCCGGCCCGUAGUGGUGGGGGAAAGUGUAUCCGUGACGUCAGAUAAUUAGAGUAAAUACAAAGUAGUCUUGAUGGGACAGCGGCGUGCGCCGCACCGUGAGUCGCUGGUCCGCGCGCGUCAAUCCUCCACCUAUAUCGCGUCUCUCAGCGCUCGGUUUUCGCCAACACGGAAAGAGAGGGAGAGAAAAAGAGAGAUAGAAAGAAAGAAAGAGAGGACUUGGGUGAUACGGCCGAGUAGUGCCGAGCGUAACCCAACGUAACGUAGCGCGUCGAUUCGUGUUUUUAAACGUCGCCGGUGUUGUGUUUCUGUCUUUCCCCCGUGUCACAUCGUGUCUGUGCCUCUCCUCUGUGCGUGCGUGUCUGUGCAUGUGUGUGUAUACAUCGCCCCGACGCAUCUCGCGCGGCGAAGCGUUCGUCUUCUCUCAGCCUCUCGCGAUAUUAUUUAUAUUAUAAUAUAAUAAUAAUACAAUACAAAUAUCAUUCGGUAUACUACCCUGUGUCCUGUGAAAUUUUCUCUUCCCGUUCUGUGUAGUUUUGUGAUAUAAAAGUUCUCCGUGUGCUCGUCGUUUCGUCGCGCUCUUAGCGAUGACAGGGCAGGGGGGUGAUUGAGGGACGUCCGGGACACGCACGAGAGGGUUAAAAAAAACAACAACAACAACAACAACGAUAACGACUAAACAAGAAACAUGUGUGGAUAAAUCGACGUGUGCGCCGUUUGGUAGAUAGAUUAAAACUAGUUAGACAAAUGGAUAGAUAGAUAGGUAGUUGUGAAUAAAUAAAUAAACAAAUAAAUAAUUCAAAAAAUAAAUUGAUUCGUUUGUUCGCACUUGUAAAUGUAUCCGUGGCGAAGUGUUUUUUCGGAAUAAAAGAAUACGCGAAGCUGUUAACAAUAAUAAUAACAAUAGCAAUAAUAAUGAAAACAAAACACAAACGAUAGAAUCGAAUAUUACCACGGUUUAUUUGUAAAUGAAAUAUAAGUAAUAGUAAUAAUUGUAACGAUAAUAAUAAUCGUAUUAUCAGUAACAUUAAUUCAAUUGUAAAUACGUAAAGAAAAAAGAUAUAGAUGAAUGUGAAGUUAGUGCAGUGUGACACGCGAAAGGCUAAAAAUGGAUAAAAUCGAGCUCCUCGGCGGUGCGUGCUUUAGCCACGGACCUUACACAUUCUACAAAGCAGUGAGGAUCGGCGACGGUCGUGUGCUUCGUUUGGGAAAUUUCUUCCUAACCAAACUUUGGAACGAUGCUGACUUGGUUAGCAUCGGCGAGCUGCAGCUAUUGUGGCUCGAUAGUCGGGGUCCUAAUCAGCCUCUCGCUUCGCUCAGACUAUAUUUUCUACCGGAAAAUACUCCAGACGGACGCAGAGAUACUCACGGAGAGGACGAGGUGCUGACAAUAUCGGAGAAGGUCGUGGUCCGGGUAAACGAUUUGGUCACGUGGUUGUCCCCGUCCUUGGAAUGGUCCUGGGGACGGGAAGUCGUCUCGCCUCCGGGUUCGACGACGUCGUCGUCGCGGGAGACGAGUCCUCGGAAGGAGGACAACGCGCCGUUACCCCAAGUCCUGACGGACCCGGGCAUAGACUUCUCGGACGUCGAGAAGCAGCAGAAGGAGUACGAGAGCAGCCUUUACGGUAACCACGGGAAGAACCCCGACGACGAGCAACCCGCCCAGACCCGCGUCGUCGUCCUUUCCUACCCCAGAUACUGCAGGUAUCGGGCCCUUCUUCGUCGACUCGAGGGUGCCGAGCCUUCCUGGCUCUGCUCUCCCGUCGCCGCAGCUCUCGGAGGGUUCACCGCUCUCCCCGGUACCAGAGUUCUCUUCUGCAGGGACACCUUCGACUACCCCGACCUCGAGACCCACGAGCUACUCUGCAAUCACUUGGCGCCCAAGCUGAAAGGGAGGCCUCGAAGAAAACGAAAAAAACGCAGCACGUCACCGGGAGAGUCGAGCAACGAGAGUGAGGCUUCGGUCGCCUCAACCUCGAAGACAGUUUCCGCUAGUAUAGUCCCUGGACUGCGACCACCUUCGUCCGGGGUGCGAAGAAGCGAACGGAAGGCCAGCGGUGAGGAGAAGAGGUUCAUAUCUGACGUUCAAACCUUCAUGAACUCCCGGGGAACGCCGGUCGGGAAGAUGCCGCUGCUGGGAUACAAACAAAUCGAUUUGUUCUUAUUUUACACAAAAGUUCGAAAUCUGGGCGGAUACGAGUCUGUCAGUGCUGGAAGAUUGUGGAAGUCGAUUUACGACGAAAUUGGUGGAAACACAGGAUCGACCAGCGCUGCCACCAUAACCAGGAGACAUUACGAAAGGCUGUUAUUACCUUUCGAACGGCAUCAGCGAGGAGAAGAGAUAAAAAUCAGACCAGCGCAUGGCAGGCGGUCGAAAACUAGUAGCAUGUCCGAAGAAGCUGAAGUUAAACAAGAAUCAGAAUUACCAAGUCCUUCACAAACGACACAAACUUACACGACCACCACGAGUACUCCAACUUCGCCGACAGACACUCCACCUUUGCAGUCAAUACUUUCAACGCCAAUUCUUCCUGGGGAAAAACCGAAGGCAGAAGUUGGAAAAAUCUCCUCGCUACGUAGCGUAAGGGUGAAACCUGAACGGCUUAAAUCGCUAAAUACAAUAAUAGCAAACACAGUAACACCUAGCAGCCAAUCUAGCCAACUACCGAGUCCACCGCCGUCUUCCAACACGCCUGUAACAACGCCCACAACACCGCCUCCGACAACACCGAAUGACGGUCAGAGCGUUUUGGAAAGACAGUUAAACAGCCCGUUAAUAUUUCACCAAGUACCUUCUUCGCCAACACCCCCAAGCCUACCAGUCACCAAUGUCAAUAGUGCAAAUACGAAUGCUACGGCGGUCGUGACGCUGACUCCACCACCGGAGAAGGAUAUAAAAGAACUGAAGCUUGACCCCAAGCAAACGUCCCUGUUGGCACAGGGAAAGGAAAAUAUACCGGUGUUCGGUGAAAAGACAAUAGUCAGCCCAAGAUCACCGGAAGUAAUUGAUCUUGAGACUGAGACAGACUCGAGUAGAGAUAAGAUUAUCAUUCCUAGCUUGAAGAAGCGAAAACUCGAGAUAUUGAGGGAAGGUGGACUCGAAGUAACCGCCGUUGACUUAGAGUCAAGGCCCAGUGUUAUUCAAGCGACGAUUACACCUGUCGUUGUCCACAAUCCCACGAUAAAGCCUAUAGAAGAAAAGACUGUUAACGCCAUUGCUAAUCCGAUAGUAAAUAAUUCUAGCACUAAGCUAAUCUCAGUUACGGUAACUCCAGACAUUAGCCACAUGCUACCAUCGCCUCAAGAUAAUCAAAGUUCUCAGCCUUGUGUUCAUACCCCACAUCAACAGCAGCACCAAUACCAACAGCUGCAAUCACAGUUGCUUCACCAGCAGCAACAGAUACAUCCACAACUGCAGCAGCAGCAGCAGCAGCAGCCGCCUAAACAACCUACGAACAACAAUACUUCUAUGAGCAAUAACAAUGUUGUCAACAGCAGGGUGAUAAAUCUUGGGAGUUCCAACAACUCAACGCUGCUACAAUUGUACGCUAACGCAAACGUCACUCCCUCGAAUAACAAUGGGCAUAUAUUCGCGGGUCAACAGCCGCCGAACGGAAGAAUACCACCACCGAAAGUGACGCAAUCUCGAUCAAUAUUUUCUCACAGUGAGAAAAUGGUGUACGGAAAUCCCAAGGAAAUUUUGAUGCCUAAUAAGUAUCAGCCUGUGCCCGUUAUGCUUCCGCAAAAUAAUGUGGUGAAUAAUUCGUCGGAUGUCUUGGACCUGACUCGACGAGCUCAGGAAAAGCCAGCGUUUUCUAGACCUAGUUUAGAGAUUGUUAGAGUUCCGAUUGUCCCGAGACCCAAUCCGCUCAAUUUAGAUAUAAAGAAUACGGAAAAAGCGCAAUUGGAAACACCAAAAAAAACUAUCAGUUAUCCGAACAUGCUUGACUCGAGAACCAUGGUGUCCAACAACCUAGAAAUCACGCUAGUUAAUCCCAGUCAACAGAAAUCUCAGCCUGCAGUGACACAGCAACAACAACAGCAUCAGCACAUAUCACAGCAGAUUCAACAUGUAAAGAAUAGCAUUUCUCCUCAACAUAGGAGACAACAACAUGUUAAUGGUAAAUAUCCUGUCAGAAAUGAGGCGGUGUCUCCGUACACACCGAGGAAGCCAAAUCACAUGGUGAUACCCAAAAUACCUAAUAUCCCAAACGUACCGAGCCUCAAUCAUCUAAAUAACAUUGCCAACUCGCCAUACGCUAGAAAUACAUUGCAACAACUCGUUGCGGAUCGAAGAAAGUCCGAAGCACCGAAAGAGCAUUGUAGGAUAAACGAAAGUGAAAGAUGCAUGAUAGGCCAACAACAGCCGCAGCCACAAACACAGCAACAGCAACAUCAGCAGCAGCAACAGCAGCAAGAACAGUGCGAAAGACAAGGAGAAGCGCAGCAAAGACAUUCCGCUUCCAAUUUCCAUCCCUUACCACCUAUGCCACCUAAUUCAGCUUUUCUCUCACAGUUACCUAAUCACGGAAAGUUCUUACCCAUGCUAGACCCAAUGUAUUAUUCUGCACUUUAUAACGGUGUGUUUCCAUUACCGAUACAUCCGUCAGCAACGUUUUUUCCUCCUGAAUUGAGCGCCUAUUAUAAGGAAUUCCUUGAUCAACCCGCAAGACUGGCGAUGGCAGGACAGCCCACUGUCCCGACAUCAAAAUAAUCCCAGGGAUCUCCAAAAGAUAGAUGCUCUCCUGUUUUGUCGAGAAGAGAGUGAAACUGUACUGUUCUUAAAGAAUCCGAGAUUUUUUCUCACCUGUGUUUCUCCAUUCUUGUUUUGACUUUUUUUUCUAAUCCAUAUCAAUGGAUGAAAUAACUGCAUUGCUCUGCACAUCCAAGAGACAGAGCUACAGUUAUUGUUCUUUAAAGUGUUUUUUUUUUUUUUUUAUCCAACUCGCGUAUGUAUUUAAUAAGUCAAUUUGUUACCCGCGUCAUUACUGUAAUUAAUAUUUUUGAACAGAAGAACGUUCAUUAUCGUUUGUAAUAUGCUUGGUGAAAUGAUAGUGCAGGGAGGCUUGUUACUGGCGUUGUAUUACAAAAGGUUUUCAACACCGACGAUAAUCAAUUCUAUGACAAAGAUUGCAGUGAUCAUGUUUCAUACAAAAGGUGUGUGAAACGUAAAUGACCGCUCUGCGUUACCAUGGAAUUGAUCAAUGUGUCAAUUGUAGCCAAUACCAUUUUAUUCCUGCAAGGACAGCAGGUGAGAAAAAAAUGUAAACUUUUUGAAGAUACAUGGCUUAGAUUAAGUGGUACUGGCUUUGUCCGCCUCUGAUCGAUCGUGUAUAAUUCAUUCGCCAAGUUUCUUCAAUACUUCUGCAAUAUUUGCAUUACAAAUGAUAGCGAAACACAUUUUGAUUUCUCUUGCUUUUUGCUAAACAAGAUCUGGUUACGAAAUUGGAUUAAAAAGAAAAAGUAGUUUUUCGUCGAGGUGUAUUUUUAGAGUAGUCUGUGAUUGGCGGAAAUCUAACAAGUUGAAUUUAUUGUUUUUUUUGUUAGUUUUUUUUUUUUUGGUAUGUCAGAGUUUAAAUAGUGUUUUUCAGUUUAAAAACCCUGUGAUAAAAAGGUUGAAUGAAGUAUUAUCAGUAGUUAUUCGGCCUUUUUUUCUUGAA